UACAACUACUACCAAAACUCAAAUCAAUCGAUAAAAAUCAAAAUUAGCCUUUUUUGAAUGAAUGACAACAAAGACAUGACCCGUCUCACCAGGUGCGAGAUUUUAAUUAAAUAGGUCCUACAAAAAAAAAAAAAUCUAGUCUUGCAAAAAGUUCUGUCGCGUUCGAGCUUGUUGUGACUUUUUUUUAUUUUUUAAUCGUCCCCUUUUGUGACGUGGAAAGUUGAUCGGUGCUCUCUUCAUCAAUGUUUCAGAGAGGGGCCUCGCUCGGCUGGCUGAGGAGAACAGAUGACGCUUUCAUGACCUCCUUCCGCUCAUCCAGUCAUUCAUUCAUCCUGCCAUCCUUCCACUGCGCGUUAUCAGGAUGGCAUUGUUGAGGAAGUGACACCCCCCCCGCCGCGCACACCUCGUCGCCGCCAUGCCAUCAUGGCUGCAUCGCGUUUCCUGGUCGGACGCCUGGUACCACACGUGCUUGCGGCUUUUGCGCACCAAGCCGGUGGGGGCCAUGGCGAACAGGGGCGGGCAUGUAGACGAAGACCUGACAGAAAUGGCGCCGGGUUCCACUGUGGGCCUGUCGAAGGUCCUGAGCACCCUGGACCUGGUCUCGCUGGGUGUGGGCAGCUGCGUGGGCACCGGCAUGUACGUGGUCGCCGGGCUGGUUGCCAAAGCUGUAGCCGGGCCGGGGGUCAUUCUCUCUUUCGUCAUUGCUGCCGCGGCGUCCAUUUUGUCAGGCGUGUGCUACGCAGAGUUUGGCGUCCGCGUGCCCAAGACGACGGGUUCGGCGUACACGUACAGCUACGUGACCGUCGGCGAGUUCGUGGCCUUCCUGAUUGGCUGGAACCUGAUCCUGGAGUACCUGAUCGGCACGGCUGCGGGGGCGUCGGCUCUGAGCAGCAUGUUUGACUCGCUGGCCAAUCACAGCAUCAGCCACUACAUGAUCGCACACCUGGGCACGCUCCGAGGACUCGGCAAAGGUGAGGACACGUUCCCCGACUUGCUGGCCAUGAUCAUCGUCCUGCUGGUGACGCUGAUUGUGGCCGUCGGCGUACGCAACUCGGUGGGGCUCAACAACGUCUUGAACCUGGUCAACAUGGUGGUCUGGGUCUUCAUCAUCACGGCCGGACUUUUCUUCCUGUCAGCCAAGAACUGGGAGGGCGGCAUGUUUCUGCCCUACGGCUGGUCGGGGGUGAUGCAGGGGGCGGCGACCUGUUUCUACGCCUUCAUCGGCUUUGACAUCAUCGCCACAACCGGGGAGGAGGCGCAGAACCCCAACACCUCCAUCCCCUAUGCCAUCACCGCCUCACUGGUUGCGUGCCUCAGCGCAUAUGUGUCAGUGAGCGUGAUCCUGACCCUGAUGGUUCCGUACGACCUCAUCGACGGCUCGGCGCCUCUCAUGGAAAUGUUCGCGGCGCACGGCUUCCUGUUUGGGAAGUACACCGUGGCGGCGGGCUCCAUCACCGGCCUUAGCGUGUCUCUGCUGGGCUCGCUGUUCCCGAUGCCGCGAGUCAUCUACGCCAUGGCCACGGACGGACUCUUAUUCAGGUCCCUGUCUCACGUGUCCGCGAUCACCCGCACGCCGGUGGCGGCCUGCGUGGUUUCUGGGACUCUGGCUUCAUUUCUGGCUCUGCUGGUAAGCCUGCGCGACCUGAUCGAGAUGAUGUCCAUCGGCACGCUGUUGGCGUACACGCUGGUCAGCGUUUGCGUGCUUCUGCUGCGCUACCAGCCCGACCACACGGAAAGCGAGGGUCUACCUGCCAAAGACCACCUGGACAUUGACUGCUCCUCCUUUGACGAGCCCUCCGACCACAAAGGCGGGAGUGAAGAUGAGCCCGGCGACUUCCAGACGGGUCCCGUGUCACCGCUGCAAAGACUUCUGGGAGCUCAUUACCCGACCCUGCUAGCGCGGCUCGGUGUCCCCGCGCCGUCCGCACGGCCCACAGCCUGGACUGGUCGCACGGUGACCCGCUGCACCCUGGCCUUCUUCUUCCUGUCCUUCCUGCUUUGGACCACGGUCAUCUUUGGCGUGGAGCAGGGCGCCGGGACGGGCGCUGCCGUUUGGGGCCUGGCGGCGGCGCUGCUGGCGGCCGCCUUGGCCGGGCUUUUGCUCACCGUGGUGCGGCAGCCGCAGAGUGGGCGGAGCUUGGCCUACAUGGCACCGUGCGUGCCUUUUGUUCCCGCGGCGGCCAUUUUGGUCAACAGCUACCUGAUGCUCAAGUUGUCGCCGCUCACUUGGGUGCGCUUUGCCAUCUGGUGUGCCAUCGGUUUGCUGAUCUACGCUUUGUACGGCGUGUGGCACAGCUCUCUGGAGGUGAGCGCUCGCGAGGAGGAAGCCCACGCCAGCUCCUACCAGCGCUUCGACGACCACCUGGAUGACGCCUUCACUGCCCCCGAGGGUGACCCCACUAAGCCAGACCACGGGCCCUACCGGGGCUGGGCCGACCGCCAGGAGUGGGACUACCGGAACCACGCCUACGACGGGGGGGCCAGCGAGGAUGAUGACGACCACCCCGAUCACGACGACGGCGGCCAUUUUGGAUACCAGAGAGGUGGAGGAGGAGGCGGCAGGGGGGCGAGGGGGAUGAACGACUACGGCUUUGACGAUGGACAUGGCCAUUGACCACAAGAAGAAAAAAAGGUGUCCACAUGCAAACACACACACACACACACACACACACACACACACA